GUUUUCUCUUUUCUUUCAAACACACAGAUCCCGAGGGGAAGCACAGGAGGUGACAGCGCGCACACUAUGGCUCCAUCGAGGCUCGUGCAGUCCGCCUGUGCCGGGCGGCGCGUCACGCAGGAGGACAGAUCUGCUAAGCUCCUCACAGCCUGAUCCCGCUGUCAGCUCCCCACCGACCUCAACCCGAACCUGGAGGGAGAUCGGACCUCCUGCGCGCCUCUGUUCUAGAACUCUCCUCACUUCGUGUGCUCAAAGUUGGGAAAACUUUGAUCCGCGGACUCCUGUGCGUAAUUAGACUCCAUGAGGAGCAUCUUCGAAGUCCUGAAAAGUCUUUAAAAGUCUUCAGGUCCCCGCAAUAAAGAUGCCGGUCCGGAGGGGCCAUGUGGCUCCGCAGAACACCUUCCUGGACACCAUCAUCCGAAAAUUCGACAGCCAGAGUCGCAAGUUUGUCAUCGCUAAUGCAAGAGUGGAGAACUGUGCUAUCAUCUUCUGCAAUGAUGGUUUCUGCCACAUGUGCGGUUACUCACGGGCAGAGAUCAUGCAGAAGCCAUGCACAUGCAACUUCCUGUAUGGACCAGACACCAAGCGGCUGGCUAUCGCUCAGAUGGCUCAGGCCCUGCUGGGGUCAGUGGAGAGGAAAGUCGAGAUCGUCCUUUACCGCAAAGAUGGGGAAUGCUUCCUGUGUAUGGUGGAUGUGGUGCCGGUGAAAAAUGAAGAAGGUGUAGUGAUUAUGUUCAUCCUGAACUUUGAAGUCAUGACAGAAGAAACACUUCAAGAUCACAAACGGGACCUGAACCACCUCCUGCCCACCUGGCUUGUCACGGGUCGUCCACGAGGCUUUAAGUUGCGCCUUCCUCUCCUGCGCUCCCUGUCAAACAGCAAGGUGUCUCUGGCUGACGCCGAAGCGGGUCACAUUCCCACUGCUAAGGCCUUGCCACUGUGUCCAAACCGUCACAGUCAAGAGUCCCUAGGCCUGGGGGAGUUCUUACCUCUUCCCCCUUUACCACCAGAACACCAGGAGCACAUCUGUGGCAGCAGUUCAGCUGCACAGGAUUGGUCACAAGACCACCAGGAGGACCAGUGUACCUUACUGGGGUCUGAGCCUUCUGUACCUCCUUCUGCAUCUUCACACCAAGGUGCACAGUUGGUGGGUCCAAUCACCCAGUCAUCACCCCGCAUAGCAUCACAGCACCGCCUCAGCCUCAAUCCAGACGCCUCUGGCUCCAACUGCUCCUUGUCUCACAGUCGCUCACGGGAGAGCUUCCACAGCAUGCGCCGUGCCUCCUCUGUAGAUGAGAUUGAGGCCAUGCGGCCUGAGUGGGACCGGAAGAACCGCAGGUCGAGUGUCCGGCCGGGCAGCACUGGUGCAGUGAACAGCAAAUCAAACAUACUGAACUCCACGUCAGACUCGGAUCUCAUGCGCUAUCGCGCUAUCUCAAAGAUCCCUCACAUCACGCUCAACUUUGUGGAUUUCAAACCUGAUCCCCUCAUCGCCCUGCCUACCGGAGAUAUGGACAUCAUAGCGCCGUGCAAACUCAUUGAUCGGACACACAACGUGACAGAAAAAGUCACACAGGUGCUGUCUCUGGGUGCAGAUGUGCUGCCAGAGUACAAGCUCCAGGCUCCUCGCAUCCACAAGUGGACAGUGUUGCACUACAGCCCCUUCAAGGCAGUGUGGGAUUGGCUCAUACUGUUGUUGGUUAUCUACACGGCCAUCCUGACACCCUACUCAGCGACCUUCCUUCUUAAUGACCAGGAAGAUGUAGCCAUGCAGAGCUGUAUUUACUCCUGCUCUCCCCUCAACGUGGUGGACCUCAUCGUGGAUAUCAUGUUCAUUAUUGACAUUCUCAUCAACUUCAGGACGACAUAUGUGAAUUCUAAUGACGAGGUGGUGAGUCAUCCUGUGCGCAUUGCUGUCCACUACUUCAAGGGCUGGUUCCUCAUCGACAUGGUGGCUGCUAUUCCCUUUGACCUGCUCAUCUACCGCAAUGGAGAAGAGACCACCACACUGAUUGGUCUGCUGAAAACAGCUCGUCUUCUGCGGCUUGUCCGUGUAGCCAGGAAGUUGGAUCGCUAUUCUGAGUAUGGUGCCGCUGUCCUCUUCCUCCUUAUGUGCACCUUCGCACUCAUCGCUCACUGGCUGGCCUGCAUCUGGUACGCCAUCGGGAAUGGAGAGAGGAAUGGUUCAAUUGGCUGGCUCCAUACGCUGGGGGACCAACUGGGAAAACACUAUAAUGACUCUGUCCAAGGCUCAGGACCCUCCAUCAAAGACAAGUAUGUAACAGCUCUAUACUUCACCUUCAGCAGUCUGACCAGUGUGGGAUUUGGAAAUGUGUCCCCCAACACCAACUCUGAGAAGAUCUUCUCCAUAUGUGUCAUGCUGAUAGGAUCUCUGAUGUAUGCCAGUAUCUUUGGGAAUGUGUCAGCCAUCAUCCAGAGGCUAUACUCAGGUACUGCCCGUUACCACACACAGAUGUUGAGAGUCCGGGAAUUUAUACGAUUCCACCAGAUUCCCAACCCACUCAGGCAAAGGCUGGAGGAGUAUUUUCAACAUGCCUGGUCUUACACCAACGGCAUAGACAUGAAUGCUGUGCUGAAAGGAUUCCCGGAAUGUCUCCAGGCAGAUAUUUGCCUCCAUCUGAACAGGACCUUACUGCAGAACUGUAAAGCUUUUAAAGGUUCCACAAAGGGCUGCCUCAGGGCCUUGGCCAUGAAAUUCAAAACCACCCACGCACCCCCAGGUGACACACUGGUCCACGCAGGGGAUGUCAUCACCGCCCUCUACUUCAUAUCCAGAGGAUCCAUAGAGAUACUGAGAGGAGAUGUGGUGGUAGCCAUCUUGGGAAAGAAUGAUAUCUUUGGCGAGCCCAUCAACCUGUAUGCCCGAGCAGGGAAAUCAAAUGCUGAUGUCAGAGCUCUUACCUACUGCGACCUCCACAAAAUCUUCAGAGAAGAUGUUCUAGAGGUUUUGGACAUGUAUCCUGAAUUUGCUGACCACUUCUGGAACAACCUGGAAAUAACUUUCAACCUCAGAGAUACCAACAUGAUUCCAGGCUCUCCGAGCAGUGAUGACCGUGGGGGAUUUAACAAAUUACGCAGGCGCAAGCUUUCAUUCCGCCGCCGUACAGAAAAAGAUGAUGCAGAUGCUGGGGAGAUUAAAAAGUCCCAUAAGACCAUGCGAAGAAGGCAGAAGGAGGCAACCAACAACCAAAAACAAGAGGAGGGUCCUAAGCGGCAGUGGCAGGCACAUCACAGCUCAGUAUCUUCCCACUCCAGUGGAGAUGAGGGAGAGGAGUCAGUUGUGGCCCGCUCUGCCCCUCCACCUGCAAUGCUGGAACCCCCACAUCCUCAGUCCCUGAACUUUACUGACAACAAUGAGGGCGAUGGGGACCCCAAGACAGGAAACACCUGCAACGCUUUGUCAGGCGCAUUCUCAGGUGUAUCCAACAUUUUUAGUUUCUGGGGGGAGAGCAGGUCAGGCGGGCACUACCAUGAAGUUCCCAGCUGUAGUGUGGCCUCCCCCCCAUCCCUCAACACACCGCUGCACAGCUUGAGCCGCCAGCAACGCAGCCAGCUGGACACACGCCUGGACCUGCUGCAGAAACAACUCAACAGGUUGGAGAGUCGCAUGUCAACAGACAUUGGAGCGAUCAUGCAGCUGCUGCAGCGACAGAUGGCCAUUGUUCCUCCUGCCUACAGCUCCGCCUCAUCACUUCCACCUCCUGCACCUUACCCUGGUCCUGGACCAGGACCAGGUCCCGGAGAGAGACUGGUUCAGCCUGUUACACCUCUGGAGACGGAUACGCUGACCUCUUUAUCACAGAUCUUGCAUACCCAUGAAAUUGAGGAAGCCCCAGUAAAGCCUAUAGACACGCUUCAGUCCCCUUUGCAGGACUCACCUCUGAUCAGUACCAGCCAGGGUGAGCUCACCCCCUCUGGUCCGGACAGCCUGGGGCAGCAGUUGGAGCUUGAUUUGGGCCUGGGGACUGGAGUCAUGUCACAAUCAAGACUGGGGUUAGGUUCAGGUGUAGGUUUGCAGUUGGGGAGAGGAGCAGUUAUAGUGUCUCAGUCUAUGGCAGGAUUAGACUUUGGCUCAGGGGCAUGUUUGGGGGCUGAAGUAGGGCCAGUAGUUGGAACAGGUGUUAUAGCCCUGGAUUCUGAAAGCCAACGGAGGCUUUCUCUGCAGGAACCUCAGACACCUCUGGAUUCACGGACACCACAGCGACACAGUUCUGACCCAGGAGGGAGCUAAAGAAGUGGUAAUGAAGGAGAAGAAAGGGAAAAAUGGCAACAGAGGUUGCUUUGAAGUUUCUUCAUUUUCCACCAGUCUUUGUGGCGCUUUGGAGAUGGCAACCCAAAUCCUUUCAUACAGUUGCUUGUCGUCACUCCUGAAAUACAACCUUUGACUUUAUAUAUAAGCCCACAGCUCAGAAAUAGUAAAGCCGGAUCAAUGUCAAGAAAGAAACACAGGUUUUUAUCAAGUUCUCUUUAACACAAGUACAUGCUCCUUCUCCUCACAAAGCAUCUGGUGCACUGUGGACUCCACUGUGGGAUCACCUUGAACCAAAA